AGGACCGAUGAACAUGGGCAGCAUUGUGAGCCGAAAUAAUUAUUUUCCAUGAUUCUCCGCGUCGUUCGCGCGUCUCAGAAAAGCGACAGCUUGGAAUGGCGAGCUCGCCAGAGUCUUCUGUGGCCCCGUCGCCCCCACCUACGGUUCUUGUGAACUUCCAAUCGUUGUUGGAACUUAACUUGGCGUACCAAGAUCUUGUACAGAAGCUCCUCGACGAACUGCAAUCAAUCAUCGCAGAAAAUAAUGAGCUGCAGCAAGAAGCCGCUGAAAUCUUGGUCAUUCAGGCGCGGAAUCCGAAGACGGCGUCCCGUUCAUUCCACCUCCCUUACUUUGUGGAUUCCGAAGAGAGGACUCCACCUGUUUCGGAAGACAAGAACCUCAAAGACGCUUUCGGCAUCCGACCGCUGGUUCCAACCAGGAAAUGGUCGGAGAAAGAAUAUAUCCAGCUCCAAGACGCCGUUUCCGCCAACGUCAAGCGCAGAGUCUCGUCCCGGCUGAUCCUGAAGAAGAAUACCCUCCAGGAGAAACUGGCAGUUCUCGACGAGAGCAGUAACCGCGCACUGCUCGAAGAGGUCGAGGAAGAACUCUCCGAAUUGAUGAAUUUGAACAAGAUGAAACUACUGAGAAAAUACAAGCACGAGAGAGUCGAUUGGUUGUGUAUUUCCGUGAUUGACUUUGCCGGCCGCAGAAGCGACGUGGAACUGCAACAAAUGUGGGUGAACUACAUCUGGCCGAACCUUGAGAACCCCCCUUGGGAUCCGGAGUCCAUGCAGAAACUCGAACAACUCCUCGAAGAGUCAACUGACGGUCGGGACUGGGAUCAUAUUGCUGAGAAAUGUCAGAAGCACGUCUUCCAGUGCUGGGAGCUUAGUUCGCAGAACAAUGCAUACACGAAGCCCGUGAAGACCGCGGGGGACGAUCUCAUCUGUCUGUACAUGAGUCUCCGCUCAAUUGACUUUGUUCCCUGGGUCAAACUGGCGGAUCUCUUACAACUCACCGCACCAUCGAAAGCGAUGCGACGCGUAGAGACGGCUCUUUGCGCAACUCACAGGAAAUGUUGGACUCUCGAGGAGGACAUUCUCUUCAUCCUGGCACUAUAUUUGUAUCGAAGUCCGAAUUCAUGGGAAAACGUCUUCAAAUGCAUGGAGAUGGGGGAUAGCCCGAGGAACCAUAAUCAGUGCUCUUUCCGCCUCGACCACCUUCUCGGGACCAUGACUUUCGGAUCUGCGAUUAAAAUCAUCGAGGCCUACAAACAUGAACCGCGUCGCGCAGUUCCCCGAAACCGCAAAAAGUCCACUAUGGUCCCAUGGCUGCUUUCGUUCUUGAUGUCAGUUGUCAAAAAGGUUCGGUUGGCUUGCUUCCUCCAAGAUGACCCCUAUGCAGAACUGCACAAGAUUGCUGCCAGAUCGGCGAAGAACUGCUUGGUCCUUCUGAACUCCAGACACAGGAAUAUCGAAAGUGACGCAAUGGAUUCUCCAACCGACUCCUUGAAAGACUUGCGAGAUCCGAACCAAAGAGCCCGCGCACAACGACUACAUGAAGUUCUAGAUGCAAUGACUCAACAUAAUGUUUUACCUCCCUGUUCGAUAAUGGUCGAGCCGACCAACGGUAUUCUACGGCGCUCUCUGCCCGUCUGGGAAAUCGACCCAUCGAUCGUAAGCUGGAUGGAAGAACAGAUGAAAACGUCUGAACUAUUCCAAAACUUCGAGAGAGCCUUCAACAGCAUGUUCGCGAUGCCCAUAAUCGCAUCCGAGGUGAUUUUGCCGGAAGUCAAACCCUUGAGGAUGAGGGUCGCCAACAAGAAGCGCCGGAAUAUCACUUUCAGGAGAAAACGGGGAUCCAAAAAGCCUUGGAUCAAGGCUCGCUGGAAAAGAUUCCGUGAGAUGAAAGCCAACGAGGAGCAGAACGAGGAUGCUGAAGGCUCAGAUGCUGGGGACCUAUCUGAGCCGGAAAGCGGAAUCCCUGGCUUCGCUCCGACUCAGACGACAAAUGCCGCUCGGUCAACUCCGGGGCCAUCGAGCAGAGCUCAGUCUACAAGUUUCUGAGUGAGGAACCCGCGCUUGAGAAAAUUGUGAUAUCUCAACAAGUGCAUUUUUACCUACCGAUUCCCGAGGGGCCGUGAGCCCCGGCGGGACUCGAGUCCGAUUUCUAUUUUUAGUGUUAUAUAUUACUGAGUGAGUUCAACCCCCACAUGAUUGUGGGUUCCAUAGAGAAAGGAUUCGAAGAAGUUACUCUCGCAAGGGGUAAUGAGAAAAAUAAAGACAUUCGGCGAUCUUCGCGGAAGAAUCGAACGU